AUGUCAUGCUUGAUGAUCCUGUGCCUUAAUCUUCGGUCAACCUUGUCCAAGAAGCCUAAUCUGAGGCUGGAAAAGAUGAUGUCGACCAGAGAGAGGCAAGUCUCCGACCUGGGGCUGAUGCGCAGGUACGAGCCCGACGAGGAUGAGAUGAAGCAGGUGUUCGACAAAAUGUCGAACAAUAAGGCGAAGAUCGAGUUCGAAGAUAUGAAGGCGCUGCUGGAACGGUUGAAGGUUCACGAUGCAGCCCACGAGGCGAAGCAGAUACUGCAGACGGUAGGCUCGAACAAAGACGGCUCCGUAGAUUUCGGCGACUUCAUGGCGGUGCACAGGAAGGGAGGCGUGUGGACGAGCGACAUAGUGAGUGCCUUCAAGAUGUUCGAUCAAGAUGGCGACGGACAAAUCAGCGCCAAGGAGAUAAAGGACAUGAUGGGGAGGCUUGGCGAGGACUGCAGCUUGGAGGAGUGCCGGAGAAUGGUGAAGGAAAUGGACAAGAAUGGCGACGGGCUCGUGGGCAUGGAUGAUUUCAUGGCAAUGAUGACCAGAACCAUGAAGCUGAGCCGAUUGCCCUCCUCCUCAGCAAUAGCAUUGCCCUGA